UUCCUUCCUUCCCCAGCCACCCCACUGCUACUAACCAACAUGGCGAACUUCACACCAGUCAAUGGCAGCUCGGGCAACCAGUCUGUGCGCCUGGUCACGUCAACCCAUAACCGCUAUGAGACCGUGGAGAUGGUAUUCAUCGCCACAGUGACAGGCUCACUGAGCCUGGUGACUGUUGUGGGCAACAUCCUGGUGAUGCUGUCCAUCAAGGUCAACAGGCAGCUGCAGACCGUCAACAACUACUUCCUGUUCAGCCUGGCCUGCGCCGACCUCAUCAUAGGCGCCUUCUCCAUGAACCUCUACACCGUGUACAUCAUCAAGGGCUACUGGCCCCUGGGGGCUGUGGUCUGUGACCUGUGGCUGGCUCUGGACUACGUAGUGAGCAAUGCGUCGGUCAUGAACCUUCUCAUCAUCAGCUUUGACCGAUACUUCUGCGUCACCAAGCCCCUCACCUACCCCGCCCGGCGUACCACCAAGAUGGCGGGCCUCAUGAUUGCUGCUGCCUGGGUCCUGUCCUUCGUUCUCUGGGCCCCUGCCAUCUUGUUCUGGCAGUUCGUGGUGGGCAAGAGGACGGUGCCGGACAACCAAUGCUUCAUCCAGUUCCUGUCCAACCCAGCAGUGACCUUUGGCACAGCCAUUGCUGCCUUCUACCUGCCCGUGGUCAUCAUGACGGUGCUCUACAUCCACAUCUCUCUGGCCAGUCGCAGCCGAGUUCACAAGCACCGGCCUGAAGGCCCCAAGGAGAAGAAGGCCAAGACUCUGGCCUUCCUCAAGAGCCCCCUGAUGAAGCAGAGUGUCAAGAAACCCCCACCCGGAGGAGCAGCUCGGGAGGAGCUGAGAAACGGGAAGCUAGAGGAGGCCCCUCCGCCAGCCCUGCCACCGCCACCACGCCCCAUGGGUGACAAGGACACCUCCAAUGAGUCCAGCUCAGGCAGUGCCACCCAGAACACCAAGGAACGACCACCCACAGAGCUGUCUACCACAGAGGCCACCACGCCUGCCAUGCCUGCCCCUAACCUGCAGCCACGGACCCUCAACCCCGCCUCCAAAUGGUCCAAAAUCCAGAUUGUGACGAAGCAGACAGGCAAUGAGUGUGUGACAGCAAUCGAGAUUGUACCUGCCACUCCAGCUGGCAUGCGUCCGGCAGCCAACGUGGCCCGCAAGUUUGCCAGCAUUGCUCGCAACCAGGUGCGCAAGAAGCGGCAGAUGGCAGCCCGGGAGCGCAAAGUGACGAGGACCAUCUUUGCCAUCCUGCUGGCCUUCAUCCUCACCUGGACACCCUACAAUGUCAUGGUCCUGGUGAACACCUUCUGCCAGAGCUGCAUCCCUGACACAGUGUGGUCCAUCGGCUACUGGCUCUGCUACGUCAACAGCACCAUCAACCCCGCCUGCUACGCGCUCUGCAACGCCACCUUUAAAAAGACCUUCCGGCACCUGUUGCUCUGCCAGUAUCGGAACAUCGGAACUGCCAGGUAGGCAGGUAGGCGUGCCCUAGGAGGUGCUGGUGUGGCACGUGUGCUGGGGGACCACAUGGCUCACCUGCUGUGGGGAAGAGACUAGGAGGCCCCAUUCCGUGCUCGAAUUUGCUGAAGAGGAGAACUGAGCUCUCCACCACACUUCGAGGAAGAGGCUCUGUUUGGAUUCAGAGACCAGAUCCCGGCUCAGGCCGAGGGGGCUCAGCCUCUGAACUGGGACCACCUGGCCCAUGUCUGUCGCCCUGCCUCAGGGAGCUGGGGGGCACUGGCCCGGGUGAGCGCUGCCCCCUCGUAGGAGCAUCACAAGAGAAUGGACACCC